UAAAGAAAAAUCAGACAUCAUGCUGCAGGAGCUGGAACUUCACCAGACCACAGAAAGGAUCUCUGCCCAGACAAUGAUGCUGUAAAUCACCAGUGCUACAGGACAGACUGCUACAUGGACCAGUGGAAUACUGUGUGUUCUGGGAACAUAUCCCAGUUCCUCUAAUGAAACAUGCAGGAGGUGUUAUUCAGGAUGAUGAAGCUUCUCAUCAUCAAGAGGAAUUAGGGACCUAGUGACUGGAGUGCUGGAAUGGUUCUGGUUCUUGAUAUGAACACAGCAGCCACUGAAUGUUCCCCCAAAUUGUUGUGCAGUGAGAAAACAACGGUGAUAUGAUGAAAAUUGUGCAGUGUGAAUUCAGCAUAAGGUAGAUGAUUCUAGAUUUUGGUAGAUGGUAGAUCAUCUGAGGAGUCUCAACAGCUGAUUACCUUCAUUACACCAUUUGUUCUUUAUUUACUUACCAUUUGUCCAGCACAUCAGAGCUCUUCCAUAUAAGAACGUGUCAGUGUUUGAAUGGACUGUAGGACUGUUUGGGUGGAGCUGUGGGUCACAUGGAUGAUGUGCUUGUAUGUAGAAGGUGUCCUGAGGAACAUAGCAUUGUUGAUGCAGAACUAAAGAAGCUGUAUCACUUUCCUGACCCACAAUCUGUCUUCAGCUGGAUUCCAGCCCGACUUGGAUCAACUGGCUGCUGUUCUACCAGUGUGUCUGAGGUCUGCAGCUUUCUUGGAGUGAUGAACCAAAUUGAGAAGCUUGUUUCAGACCUGGGCAAGAAAACAAAGCUCCUGUGAGCCCUCCCGUCUCAGAGAAAUCUGUGGUUCUGGGAGAAACUACAGCAGGAGUCAUUUUCAUUGCUGGAAAUAUCAGAGAGCUUGUUACUGUGCAGGUCUGCAGUAAAGUUCAAUUAAGAAGCUGCUGCUCUGUGUGGUCAGUACAGUGUCUCCACUCGUUCACCAACACAACAAACUACUAACCAAAUAACUUGAUUAAACUAACCUAACCUCCCUGACAACUAACUACCUAACAACAUCUAACUGCUUAACUACCCUAAAUAUCCAGACCCAACAACUUAAUCUGAUUAAUGUAAAAUACUACCUCGAUGACUAAUUAAUGUAACUAAUCUAAACUCCAUAACUAACAGCAAUGACCUAACCUACCUAAAAUAUCAGACUUAACUAACCUAAGCAGCCUGAAAAAACUGUGUGUGUAUUGAGCAGAUGAAGAAGAAGCUGGGGAAGGUGAUGGAUGGUUUACAAAAGCUCACAGUUGCAGCAGAGCAAGAUCAGAAGACAAUGAGCUCCACAGAGGUGGAUGAGAUGUAGGAAGAUCUGAUGGUGAUGAAGUGGUGUGGAGAGAUAAGGAAGGAGAUAAAUUACCUCAUAUAGCACAGAGUUGGAUUUGUAAAAAUGGGAAUUUUUAUCAGGAUUAAAUUAUUUAAUUAAUUAAUUAAUUUUUUAAAUAGUGCAGUAGAUAGCUGUGUGGUUCUGGUUCUGUUGGUUCUGGUUCUCUGGUAUAUGGACAAAUCACAUGUCUCUACUGCUUCUGCUCCUGAGACUUGGUGAAACAGCUGUUUAUCACCAUGAUGUGGACUGGAAAUUAAAACAAACUCUGUGUUGUAGCAGUGAUUACGGUGCCUCUAUAGAACAGCUCGACAUUUCAGUUAAUGAAGCAUGUGCAGGUGACACCGGCACACAAUCCAUGUUUGCUCAUUUAGCUCAGAUUAUUUACUGUUAAUUCUGUGAAAUGUCCUGCCCUGUGGGAUGGUCAGAGUCUGUCUUUCCUGUGGGAGAAAGUGCAGGAGAUAAUAGAGAAGUGAUUUUGGUGCUUUUCUUGUUGACUCAAGAUCUAAGAAGUAAAUAUAAAUGAACUGACUCAUGGUUCAUGAACCAUGCCAUCAGACCAACACUUGUCAGGAUUAAACUCAAUGAUCAUCACAAUUCACUUCAUCUCUUCUAACUGGAUUUGCUUUAGAAAAAAAAGACAAAAGCUUUUCUGUAUUUACUGUCACAGAAACAUUUCUGUGGUGUAAAAAUUUUUCUGCUACAUGUUUUAUAUUAAAGAACAGCAUCACUGUUUCAUAUCUUACACAGUAACACACACUUACAGCUACACAAACAUAUACCUCAUGUAGAUACACACAAUUAGAGCUACACAACACACUAACACACUUAAAGCUACACAAACAUAUACCCAGAUACUGCACCAGAGGCUUGCAGAAUUGGAGUUUAGAGAGCAAGCCUUGAAACCACACUAUGCCAGGUAGGCAUGUCCAGGUGUAUUGAGGUUGGAGAGAGAUUUGCUGUGGAGACCCCUGAAGGGAAAAGCCAAAAGAAGAAGAAGAAAUUUCUGGCAUUUAACAGAGACUCUAAUCCAGAGUUACUUACAUUUUCAUCUUAUUUUAUAUAGCUGAGCAAUUGAGGGUUAAGGGCCUUACACAGGGGCCCAGAGGUGGCAGGCAGAGUUGGUGGUCCUGGCACAAUUAAUCUCCACCAUCAUUUGAAUGGACAAUCUCAGGUCUAACCAGACACCUCGGCCAUGCACUCAGUUUAACCCUUCCUGAAUGGAAACAUACGUAGAAGUUCAUGCAAAUAGGCCACACUCGAACCUCACCUGAGCAGUAUCAACGCUGACAGCAAUAUGGGCUACGUUUCUGCUGCGGCCAAGCCAUUCAUUGCUGUGCAGACUGGCCGGAGAGACCUCCUGGCAGAUCUACCACUGUCCCCUCGUUUUGCUGUUGCCGGUAAUGUGCAAUAAUCCAUGUCAAUUCCCUCCUGUUGUUUUAGCCCUUGUAGACUCCUGAUCAACCAUCAAUAUUAUUUACUACUGCCUAGCAGAAGACCUCCAACUCCUUACUAAGCCAUGCACCAUCCCAUUAAAAAUCACAGCAAUGGAUAAUCAACCCAUUGGAGAUGGCCUCUUCACUCAUCAAACCUUCCCGCUCAUCAUGCAGACCAGGCCGUUUCAUACUUAAAGUACCCUGCUCGUCACCUCCUCCCCUGUGAACCAAAUCAUCCUGGGGUUCCCCUGGCUACAUACUCACAGCCCUCUUAUUUCCUAGAGUGACAAAGAACUCGCACAUUGGUUACCUUACUGUUAACAGCACUGCCUCAAGUGAGCCCUUCCUUUACCCUGUCUCACUACAACAACCGAAAGCCCAGACACCACACUAACAAUCGACUUGCCAAAGGAAUAUCAGGACCUGCAGGAAGUCUUCAGCAAAGUCUGUGCCACCAAGUUACCACCUCUCUGCCUGUGGGACCACUGCAUUGAUGAUCUGCCCAAUACAGCCCUUCCCAAGAAUUGCAUCUAUGGCUAUGGAGGAAUACAUUAAAGAAGCAUUGUCAUUUGUCAUUUGUCUUUUUGCCCCUCGGAUAAAGCAUCUGGCUUUGUGGCCCUGUAUAGAUUACCGGGGAUUGAACACCCCAGGAAUGCCCCACUGUACCCUCGACCCUCCGUCAAUGAACCAUAGAGUAGGUACACACCUUAACCAGUUCAGGGCACCCAGCUAUCCAGAGAAUGAUUCAGCUCUUUAGAAAAUACAUUCUGGUGGCUUUCGCUACCUAUGGACCUAUGUCAACACCUGCCCCAUCUGUGCUCAGCUAUGCAUGCCCCACAAAUUACCAGUCGGACUUCUGGAACCCCUCUCAGUGCCAGCACCCCUGGUCACACGUUUUGUUUGAUUUUAUCACCAACCUCCCCACUCCCAUGGUUGUACUACAGUCCUCAUUGCAGUGAACUGGUUCUCGAAGACCUACAAGCUCGUUCAUCUUAAGGGCCUUCUUAAGGUCAUGGAAACAGCUGAUGCACUAAUGGAGCACAUAUUUUGUUGCUUCGGUAUACCUAAAGACAUCGUCUGUGACAGGGGUACACAGUUCACCCUUUUGAAUCUGAAAAGCCUUCUGCAAAAGGUUGGACAUUAACGUAAGCUUGACUGGAUACCACCUUGAAUCUAACAGCCAAGUAGAAUGACACAAUCAGGAGCUGGGGCAAUAUCUCCAUACUUACUGCAGCCAGGACCAACAGAGGUAGAAUGAAUUCAUCCCAUGGGCCAAGUAUGCCCGAAAUUUUGUCACACCUGUAGCCACUGGUCUCAUGCCAUUUCAGUUUGUUCUGGGCUAUCAACUGCCACUGUUUCCUUGGUUAGGGGAACCAUUGGAUGACCCAGCAGUGGACAACUGGUAUCAUCAGAACAGAGAAAUGUGGGAGAGCACCCAUGUACGUCUCCAAAGAGCGGUAUGCCUUCAAAAUACACAAGCCAACUGCAGGCACCGCCCACACCCUGCUUACCAGCCAGUCAACCGAAAGUCUUGCAUUUUCAAGGCAAGAGGAAAGCCAAGCAAGCUCCUGCCAUGCAGUUCUGCAGCCUUCAUCACUGUGUCCUGGUCUUCCUCAUCCUCACAUUCACCACUGCUCCUGUAUCAGCUCUUGAUGUCUGUCCUACACGAGUGAAGCUUCAUCAGUCAGUGACGCUCUCAUGUAAACAUCAGUGUUCUGGUUUAUUGCAAUGGGCCUUAUAUAAUAAUCGAGAUGUUGUCCAGGCUCGGUGUGAUCAGACAUCCUGCUGGUCAGAGAAGGGAUUUAACAUCUCUCAUGAUCAGUACCUGAAAGGAGAUCUCUCUCUCACCAUCACUGCAGCUGAUUACAGUCAGAGGAACGUGUAUGCAUGUGAAUGUGAAGACUCAGACUUCUCUUAUGUUCGCCUCAUCAUAGAGACUGUGUUCUCACAGGUUCAGAUGAAGUUUGGUGAAGAUCUGAAGCUGCAUGUGUCUGUACCAGAGCCAGUGGAGGUGAUUUAUAAAAGCAGUGGUUCAGCUGAUGAAGUGAUCUGCAGGGUGAAUAAUCUCUCACUGCAGUGUAAAGAUAAAUACAGAGACAGAACAUCACUCACUUACCCUGAGCUCACACUGAGACACAUGGAGCCGAGGGAUAGUGGACGUUACACCAUCCGGGACACGAAGAAUGAGGAAGACAUUCAGAUAUACGCCGUCUCUGUGGAAGAUAAGCCUGGUUUUCCUGUGUGGGGGAUUGUACUGAUAGUACUGAGUCUGCUCUGCUGUGCUGGACUGGGAAUAUACCUACUGUUGAGAUAUCUUUUGAGAGAACAGGCAAUAUUGAAGAGGCGACUUGGUCAAGUGGAUCAGCUUGUACAGCAGGCUGUAGGAGGGACAGAGGAGAACAUAGAUGAAGCAGAGAUGUCAGUCGAUCAGCUGAAGCAGCAGUACAUCAACACUGAGUAUUCAGACAAGGUCAAAUUAUUCUGCAAUGAAAAAAGGAAACAGCUGCAGCAGCAUAGAGAACGUCUAAGGAGAGAAGAGUUGGAGAGGCGGCAGCAACAUGUGGAGCAGCUUGUACAGCAGGCUGAAGAAGGGACAAAAGAGAACAUCAGGGAAGCGAAGGAGUCGCUCGAUCAGCUGAAGCAGCAGUAUGAGAACACUGAAUAUUCAGACAAGGUCUCAGUGUUCUGCAGGGCAAAGAGGAAACAGCUGAUGAACAGGCGACUGCUACAAGUGGAACAGCUUGUACAGCAGGCUGAAGAAGGGAAAGAGGAGAACAUCAGAGAAGUGGAGCAGCAGAUCGAGCGGCUGGAGCAGCAGUACUCUAAAUAUUUAGUACGAGUCUCAUCAUUUUGCAGUGCAAGGAGGAAACACCUGAACUGGUACAGAGUACAGCAUAGCAAUGAUGAACAUCUAAUGACUGAGAGAGAAGAGUUGAACAAACGGCUGCUAUAUGUGAACCAGCUCGUACAGCAGGCUGAGGGAGGAACACAGCAGAACAUUAGAGAAGCUGAGAAGGAGCUUGAUCAGCUGGAGCAGCAGUACAAGAACAAGGAUUAUUCAGAACAAAUCAAAUUCCUCUGCAGGGUAAAGAGGAUAGAGCUGAAGCAAUACAGUGGACAACCCAGCAAUGAACAACAUCUAAUGUGUGGGGAUGGAGAGUUGCAAAGGCAACAGGAACGAGUGGAACAGUUUGUACAGCAGGCUAAAGACGGAAAAAUUGAGACCAUCAGGGAAGCGAAGGUUGAGAUUGAUCACCUGGAGCAGAUGCAGUACCUGAACACUAAAAAUGUAGUACCGGUCACACCGUUCUCCAUGUUAAAGAGGGCAGAGCUGUACUGGUACAGACUACUGAACAGUGAUGAAGAACAGAUAAUGACUGAGAAAAUAGAGAUGAAGAAGAAGCUGGAGAAGGUGAUGGAUGGUUUACAGAAGCUCAGAGGUGGAGCAGAGCGAAAGCAGAAGAUACCGACCUCCACAGAGGUGGACGAGGUGCAGAAACAUCUGAUUGAGUUCAAAAAGUGGUGUGAAAAGACUGAGGGACAGAUAAAUGACCUCAUAGAGCACAGAGGUGGAGCUGUGUGAGACACAAACACUGGAAGUAACAGAAUAAUAAUCAGUAUUUAAAAAUGUAAUCUGUUACAGAUAUAUCUAAAAUCGAAGUAAUUAUAUUCCAAGUUGAGUUUGAAAAAAUGGGAAUUUUAUCAGGAUUAAAUUGUUUUGAAAUAGUGCAAUAGACAGCUGUGUGAUUCUGGUUCUCUGGUAUAUGGGCUCCUGAGACUUGGCAAAACAGCUGUUUAUCACCAUGAUGUGGACUGGAAAUUAAAACGCUACAGUCAUGAAACAUCUUCACAGUGCAGUACAAACUUUGCGUUUUAGCAGUAAAGAAAGUGCCUUCGUAGAACAGCUUUACAUUUCAGUUAAAAGAGCAUGUGUAGGUGACACCAGCACACAAUCCAGGUUAGCUCAUUUAGUUCAUUAUUUACUGAUAGUUCUGCGAAAUGUCCUGCACUGUGGGAUGGUCAGAUUCUGUCCUUCCUGUGGGAGAAAGUGCAGGGGAUAAUAGAGAAGUGAUUUGGUGCUUUUCUUGUUGACUGAAUGAAGAUCUAGACAUAAGAAGGAAAUAAAUGAACAGAUUCAGUGGUUGAUGAUCCGUGCCAUCAGACUAACUCUUGUCAGGAUUAAACUCUGCAGGAUUCCUGAAGUUUCUCCUACCAGAUUUACUCUGAUCUUUCUUUCAUCAACACAAUUCACUUCAUCUCUCCUGACUGGAUUUGAUUCAGGAAUAAAAGACAAAAGCUUUUCUGGAUUUUCUUUUGCAGAAACAUUUCUGUGGUGUAAAAAUCUUUCUAUUGCAUCUUUUAUAUUAAAGGGCAGUGUUUCUGUUUUAUUUCUUACACAGUAACACACACUUACAGCUACAGAAUAUACCUUACUUAGAUACAUACAAUUACAUCUACACAAACAUACACAACACACUAACACAGUUAAAGCUAUACAAACAUAUAAAACAUUUAUAUCCACAAAUUAUUUUAUCUGUAUGU